UUCUCCCCGCAAGUGUCAGGUGUUUGUGACAAAAGUACCUGUUCCACUGUUUGUUGCUAGCAUCGGAGUGUCGGACGGCGGUAAAUUCGUAGAGUAAUUUGACGUGCACGACUUCAAUGGAUUGCUUCCCGAUCUGAAUAAUGCAUAGGAGAAAGUACACCACCGAAAUUUCAUUAUUUGAGAAUUUAAUUGGGAUUUGCUAUUUCUGUCACUUCAGUUAAAAUGCCCAGCAGUGAUUCGCCGCAAGGCAUCUAUGCACCAUUGAGUCAAACGAUGACUGAUUCCGAGAGUGAGGAGGAAAUCCACAAUUCGUCGAAGCAUUCGCGGCACCAUCAGCUCAACCAGAACUUCCGGAGCGCAAAUCAUAACAAUUCGAUGAAUAAUAGUACAGCGAUUGGGAUGGGGCACAUGCAGUACGACCGAAGCAAUAACAUGACACAUCUGAACAGUGAUAGCGAGGAGAGACACCAGACUGAAGCCGAUAAUGUUGCCAUUUUGGGGAGAGAUCCGAAGGAUGAGCCCAUGAGCCCGCUGCGGCGACUCGCCUUUGUGAUGUCGUUAGUCCUUUGUGGCCUCACCGUUUUUAUCAUCUUGUGGGCAGCACCCUGCGGCGAUGAUAAUACGUGCCCUGCCCCCGCGGACAGGGUAAAGAGCCACAAUUGGCUGAACAAUUACACAAAGGUGGAGUUGAAAGGCGUCGUGAACGUUGUUGAGGGAGUUCGCAGCUGGGAGCGCAAUCUCAUCUUCAUGUACCGUGGAGACAAGUUCUUUCCAGAGUUUGAACAGAGCAACCGGAAGAGGAACGGCAUAAUCUCGUUGAUAGGAAGUUCCGGCGCGAUUGCGUGGUUUGAUGAAAUGGUGAACGAGCCAGUCACGAUUGAUUGCACUUUGCUGGACGUGGAUAAGAACGGCAAACCCGACUGCCUUGUGAUUGAUGAAUUCGGCCAACUGGGAGCCAUCAACCCGGUCUCAGGCCAAUGGUUGUGGCGAUUCUUCGAUCAGUCGGCCCAAAAGGUCGACGUCCUCAACUUCCCCGUGAUCUUACCAGAUUUGGACGGCGAUGGAGUCUUCGAAUUGCUUUUCGCCACAAAUAAGGGAGAAGUUGCCAGGAACUAUUUGCGAAUCCUAUCGGGUCGCACCGGCCGCCCAAUUGGCCGCGGCUACAAAGUAACCGACUGUUCGUACAUUCACAAGUUCCAGCUCGAUAAUGCCUACACUGUGAGCUUCAAUUGCGUGAACAACGACACCGAAGUUCAGCGCUUCAAGUCGCUUCAGGAACUAUACUCUCUGACCACAAAUCGAGCGAUUGGCGCCAAGUUGACUCCUGCGUCGCUGAUAUCGCAACACAAGCUCUAUGGGCAGCGAAAGGAGACGGAGGCGCAAAGAAAUAUUUACUCAAUCAAUGACAAGCAACUGAUCGUGGAAAACCGUGGAAAGUGUCCGGAGAACUGCAAUGUUACAUUCAUCCUUAGCGAGGAGAAAAACGGUGUAAGCCAUAUCAUCCGCAAUUUCAGUGGAUCCAUGAUGUACGGAAUGGUGCCCGCCCAACUAUCCUUCAAAGGACCAGACGGCAGCACUAAAUUCAAUGGGUUCGUGAUUAAAUUCUGGGAGUGGAGCAGGAAUCAAACUGACUUCCCUAGCGGCAAUACUCGCUCGAAGCGUGACGCGCUACUCUUCGACGACAACUAUAACAUCUUCGACCAUUUGAUACACAAGCGGCGAUCCUACACACUGCCAACGGAAAACCCACGCCCUGAAAGAAGCGCCGCCAACAUGACGAAGCAGCGGACGAACAGCAAUAUUUUCCUAAACUACAAAAUGCGCAUGAUCAAGGAAACUGUCGUUCUGAUUAUCUUCAACUCGGCCGACACACACAUCGAGAACACAAGCCAGAGCAACAUCGUUCAGUUCUGCCGCAGUGAGAAGAAUGAGAUGUCCUGCCAGCCGGACCUUAACAACCAAGAGAACUCGCUCCUGAUCGCUGACCUGGACCAGGACGGAUCGCAGGAACUCGUGUCCUACUACUCAACAUUCGUGAACAAGAACGGCAACAAGAAUGAUUGGAAACUGGUGACAUAUGUGCAGCUGUUGCGUCUGGAGUCAGAACUUCCAAUCCUCUACGACACAGUCAAAAAGAACUAAUAUCGGAUGUGACCCUUCAAGUAGACUUUUUCCCCGUAAUCCAAUAGUUAUCGAGAGGCUCUCUUAGAUCACUCACUUUGCUUUAUUCCACUCACUUCAAUAGUAAAAUAUUUCGGAGUUUUCUCAGCGCAGACGACAGGAAGGACCUAAAUUCAUAAAAAGUUGCCAGGGCGUGAGUUGUGCAGAACCCGCCGAAAAUAUUCACUUUGUGGCGCUUGGCCAUUAAAAUUUAUUGUGGAACAAAACGUACUUCAUUAGAUAGUUAAGAAAGAAAUUCACAAGUUAAGAGAACCAAAAGAACAACUUCUAGUCAUUUUCUCCAUUAUUUAUUUGAUAUCGUUAUUUUGUGUUAUGAAUGCACGUCUACAUUUAUGUCAUCAUAUAAUAAAGACAAUUUUCUCGGAUUUUACAA